GUACGUUGACGCUCGUACGAGGGCAGCACCUAACCUCUGGCCACUACUUUUCGCGUUGUAAACUCUCGUUAAGAUCUCGCAAGACGCGACAGAACCUGCCAACCGUCGACAGACACGACGAGCUCCGAUCUCGACUCGAUCUUUUUUAAGACGAGGGUCGAUCUAAACAGAGUUCGGGUCAAACUAAACUUUUCCUUCUAAUUCCACGUACACACAUACGAAUAUAUAUCUCGAGCGUAUCGUCAUACAGAGAAGUAUCAACAAGCGUGGUCGAAGCUACGAGAUUAGAAAAUCAUGGCAAAUCCAGCUUUACGAAGUCUCGUCAAACUCGGUGGUACGUCAUCGCGCUUGAAGAUUCACGUCGAACAAAUUCGACACGGACAUCAUCUUCGAGGGAAACCACCCCACGUUGCUCUCACUCUGCAACAGAGACUCGAACUACUCAGAAAGCAAGAGCCGAAUCCGACCAAAGUAAAUAUAGGUUUUUCAGUCCCGAGGCCCACGUCGGAGGAAAAAGAAGCUUGGAUGGCCGAACGAAAAAUCAGACGAACCGGCGCGAGUUUCGAGAAAGAGGUUAGGAGCGGAGAACUGUCUCUAAAUUUGGAAGAAGCAAGAAAGAUUUGGCUGGAAACGACCGGACCGUACAACGUUCGAAAAAUUGCCGAUCACUAUGGCAUUUACCAAGAUUUAUUUGGAAACGCCUUCUUCUUUCCCGCGAUACAUCUCGACGUUAAUUACAGCAUGGACGACGAUACUUUGGUCAAAGUUUGCACGGGAAAUGUGAUAAAACCGGCGGAGGCACGGGAAUCGCCAAACGUCGCGUACAAAGCUCAGGACGAUACUUUAUGGACGUUGGUGAUGUGCACGCCAGAUGGCAAUCUGGUGAAUUCCAACAACGAAUAUUGUCACUGGUUUUUAGGGAACAUUCCAGGGAACAAGGUAGAACAGGGUGAACGAAUAACGGACUAUUCGAGACCGAUUCCAGUUAGAGGAGCGGGAUAUUACCGUUACGUAUUUAUCCUUUACAAGCAAAAUCGGCGUUUGGAUUAUACCGAGUACGAGAGAAUUUCACCUUGCCUACGAUUGAAAGAACGUGAUUGGAAUACGUUGGAGUUUUAUCGGAAAUAUCAAGAUCAUCUAACGCCAGCUGGAUUGGCGUUCUUUCAAAGCGAUUGGGAUCCGACAGUGAAAGAAUUUUAUCACUCCGUACUAGACGCGAAAGAGCCGAUAUUUCGGUACGACUUUCCAAAAGCGUACGUCAAACCGCAGACGUGGUUUCCAUUGAGACAGUCGUUCAAUCUUUAUUUGGACAAGUACAAAGAUCCCAAAGACACGGCGAAAGAAUUUUUGCUAAGGAAAUUGAAGACCGUUCAUCCUUUCAAAGAGCCAAAGCCGCCUCUCAAAUAUCCCAAUGCGCGCGUUCUCGAUUUGGGAGCACCUUCUUGGUUGAGAGUACAAAGGAAGAAGGAGCGUUUGGGAUGGGGCCGAGUUCACGAUUUGAAAUGAAAUAUUUUACGAAAAAGUUUCACGACAGUUUUAGAGUCGGUUGUCCGGACUGAACGAACAAGAGGGGAAAAAAACACUGUGUAAAAAGAAGAAAAAAAAAAAUUAA